CCUCGCCCACCUCUGACGUACCGGGUCCCGCCCCCGAUACUUCCGGACAUGUGUUCCGCUUGUCAUGUCCGACCACAACCAAAACAAUAACAGGGAUGCGUAUAUUUCUUAUCUAGUAAGAUUAAAUUAUCAUCAUUAGUUUGAAAUCCGAAUCUUUGAACUAUGUUUGAGCAUUAACAGGGCCGUUUUAAUGUACCAGAACAUCUGUAGGAUAUUUGCCUGUGAGCUGGCGCUGCUCGUCAAAGCGCAGUGCCCCUGGAUCAAAGCAACAGUUACCUGAGUAGCUUUGGACAAACUCUGAUCACAAACGCAUGUUUUGCGGAAGAAGGACUUUGGUUAACCUUUGAGAGCCGCCAUGGGGUCUGUUCGUUGGGCUUUUCGGUAUGGUUCCUGGACACCGACCCGGUCCGAGUGGCUUUAUGCGGCGCGUUGUAUCCAGCGAGAGGAGAAGGAGAGAAUUGGAAAGUUCGUUUUUGCCAGAGAUGCCAAGUCAGCAAUGGUUGGUCGGCUGCUCCUGAGGAAGUUUGUGUGUGAGAGGAUUGCAGUUCCCUGGUCAGAGAUCCAGUUGGCACGCUCACCCAGAGGGAAGCCGUACCUGGUGCUGCCAGAGGCCACCACCACCCACACACCUCCGUUAAGCAGAGAAGCCCAGAGGUGGAGUUUCAACAUCUCCCACCAGGGGGAGUAUGCGGUGCUGGCUGCAGAGCAGGGCCUGCAGGUCGGGGUGGACGUUAUGAAAACCACCAUGCCAGGUAGCAGCUCUGUAUCCGAGUUUUUCCGCAUCAUGACUCGUCAGUUUACGGAGUACGAGUGGAGCGUCAUCCAAUCAUCUGGCUCAGAACGCCAGCAACUCGCCGCCUUCUACCGCCACUGGCUGACGAGGGGAGGUAACCCUGAGGCUCUUCUCCAUGCCCAGGCGCUGAAGGAGAGCUUCAUCAAGGCCAUUGGCACGGGGCUGGGCUUCAACCUCCAGAGGGCGGAGUUUCACCUCUCCCCUCAGCCAGUCACAGAGGAGCAGGGGCAGCACCGGACCAUGAUGCAUCUGGACGAGGAGGAGGAGGACAGCUGGAGGUUUGAGGAAAGCUCGUUGGAUGCGGACCACCAUGUUGCCGUGGCGCUAGGACUCCACAGCCCUCCUCCUGCUGGGCAGCCCAGAUGCCCGUCGCCCCCUCCCCCCACCGCCUUCACCCACCUGACGUUCGGUGACCUCAUCGCUCAGGCCACGCCCCUUAGCGAGGAAGACCCCGCCUACUGGGACGGCUUCCAGAGCAAGGGCGAGGCCCCCCAGAGACAGAGCAGCAGGGCCCCGUCAGAGUGAACGCCGCACCUUCCAGCGCGGCGGCGGCGGCGGCAGAGCCACGCCACAGCGGGCCAAACGCACCCGGAGCGCCUCACAAUGUCCGGGAGACGCAGGGAGGAAGACCGAAUGGACACGGGUCCACACGCAUGCGUCAUCCUGCCACGGGCUGGAGCUCUGAUGUACCCAGGCACACGCGUCUUACCGUGACCUGCUGGGCUGUGGGUCGCUCCGGAGGGAACGACGCACAUUGGAGAACGUUAGUGCUGGAAAAACGCACGGUUAAUGUGUUUCAAUGUGCUCCGUGAGUAAUACUCUCACUGUGUGCACUGUUUGAUUGUGGUUGAGUGAUAUGUUGUUUGACUAAUUGGGUUGUAUUUUUACGAUCACAUUUCGCCUUGAACCCCCAGCUACAUGGGAACAGAUAAAGAAAUGUAAAUGAA